GCUGCCCUACAUCCCGUGUGCGAGCGAGUCCUUCCCUGUGUCGGUUGCAAGCACGAACAGUAGUAAGAAGCCGUCUCUCAAAUCAAGUCAAGUCCAAGAGGCAGCGCGAUGGCCGCCAACGCGAGUCCGAAUAACACGCGCGAGGGGCCCGUCUCUCAGCCAGACGACCCCUACGCCCGCACUCCCAGCGCCCUCACUGUCCACGAAGAAUACCCCACCUCAACAACCCCCACUCCCACCAAAACCAUCCAUGACUCCCACUCCGCCCAUCAAGAGCGCCGCGACCCCAAGAAGCCGCCGGGCGGCCCGCUGAGCAGCUUUGCCGGGUUCAAGUACUGGGUGCAGGACCGCGACUACCAUGUGUGGGUCAUGUCGUUGGGGUUCAUGUUGCUGUUUACGAGUUAUCCGAUUCAGGGGUUGCAGACUAUUCGGUAUCCUGAUACUGGAGCGUACAUUCUGAUCGUCCUGUAUUCCGCGUACUUUGUCACCUCUAUGUGGGCCACAUUUUUCCUGGACUGGUGGGGCUUGGAGUUCUGCUUGCCAUGGGGUCCCAUCUCCUACGCAGUGUGGAUCGCAUGCAUGUUUUCUGGUUCCAAUGCCUGGAACUUGGCUGGCGCUGCAUUCUUUGGAUGGGGCGCCGGUAUUCUCUGGCCCGCAGCCGGUCAACUCAUCGCCGUCGUCAGCACACCGCAUAACCGCGCCAGUAACGCCGGCAUCUACCAGUGCGCCUUCCACCUCGGUGUCUUUACGGGCGGGCUCAUCCUCGGCGGUGUCCAAAAGGCCUUCACCAGCUGGAACGCCCAGUACGCGUUCUUCCUCGGCCUCUGCUUCACAUCCGUCAUCUGCUUCGUCAUCCACGGUUUUACGUUUCGCCGUCGGUACAGGCGUCAAGGCGUCGCUGCGCCCGCCAAGGACGCCACUGGUUCCGUGGAGACUGGACAGCCGCAUGGUCAUCAUCGCAGCGCCAGCGGCCAAGUCUUGCAUCGUGUUCAAUUCGAGGAUGGGUCUGUCGAGUACCGGCCCGCUGACAAGAAGGAUCUGAAGAGUGAGGGUAUUGUCGUUCAGGAUCUUGCUCUGACGGGUGGUCGUGCGGACGCCAAUGCCAAGUAUACGUGGGCGACGUGGAAGGCGAGGUUCUGGCAGCCGUUGCAGAUGCUAUGGCAUCCCGUCUUUGGACCUCUUGGGCCUGCGAUCUUUGUCACUGGCGGUAUGACCCAAGGCUGGUUCAACGCCUCCUUCAACCUUAUCGUCAACGAAGUCGGCGACGAAUGGAACGGCUGGAUCUACGCCAUCUCCGAAUCCUGGGCCAUUGCCGCCUCCAUCGUAUUCGGCCUAUUCUACGACCGCCUCCGAACCAAUUACGUCGCCGCCCGCUACCGCUGGGUCAUGUACAUCUACGUCGUCUCCUACUACGGCCUCUGCGCCUGUGCCCUCGGCGCUUACUACAUGAGCGUUAACGGCGUCGGUGAUGAGCCGGGACAGACUUCACCGACCAAGUUCAAGGCGAUGUUGGCGUUCACUGGCGGGUUGUACAAUGUGCAGCUCCUGGCGCUUGAAGUCUCGAUCCUCACCUACCUUUCGACCUUCCUCACCUACAACGCCGACGUGGCAUUCAGCAGCAAGAUCGGGUGCGAGGCCGCGGGGUACCUCCUGACAUUCGGAUUGGUCAACGUGGUCAACCCGAAAUGGAUGAUUAUCAUCUUGACGAUCGUUAGUAUCCCGGCGAUGAUCAUCUUCCUGGUGUUCUGGCAUGCGCCGGAAAGGCCGGUUGCCACGAUCUUUGGGGAGGAUGAGGGGACGGAGAAGGCGGAUGUUACGCAUCAUGAGAUUCGUGGGCAGUGACCCGCAUUCUCCUCUCCGUCAUCAAGGAGACCCCCAUGUGUUUAUGUCUGAGAUCACGCAUAUCAUAUUCCUCCUCCGUUUGUGCUUCACGUU